GUAUGUCAACAAUUAUUAACUCUACAUGAGAUUGUAACUGUAAUGAUGAUUAGUGCUUGUACCCAUCACAAAAAUGUCUCCAGCUGGCUUCCUAACAGAUUUGAAGUAGGUGAGGUGAGGUGAUAGUGGAAUAUGACUAGUUACAAGGUCCUAGAAUUUUACAGUGGUAUUGGGGGCAUGCACUGGGCCUUACAAGGUGCAGGAUACCAUAACACUGAGGUGACUGCCAUGGAGAUCAAUGAUGUGGCCAACAGAGUGUACAAAACAAACUUUCCAUCAAUUAAACUAUUGCAGAGAAAUAUCACCUCCCUCUCCAUCAAUGAAUUUGAAACCUGGAAACCUGACAUGCUUCUCAUGAGCCCUCCCUGUCAGCCUUAUACAAGGGUUGGACUAAAGCGGGGUACCAGUGACCCAAGAUCCUUCUCAUUUCAUCAUAUUUUGGACAUAUUAGGAGCUUCUAAGCACAAGCCAAACUACUUCCUCCUGGAAAAUGUGAAGGGUUUUGAAGAGUUUGGAACAGAGAAGCUUCAUGCAACACUCAGGCUCUGUGGCUAUCACUUUCAAGAAUUUCUUCUCAGUCCACAUCAGUUUGGGAUACCCAAUUCUAGAUUGAGAUUCUACCUCCUGGCCAAGCAAAAUCACCUUCCAUUCAGCUUUCCUGUCCAAUCUGAGAUUUGGACUACAAUGCCUCUCAGAAAAGAGUCAGUGGCAACAUUCAAGAUUGGGAGCAUAUUGGAUGAGGAAGCUGCUGAGGAUCCAACUCUACUUAUCCCAGAGAAUAUUCUGUUGAAACAUGCAGACAUUUUAGAUAUUGUGGGUCCUGAAUCAGAGAGGAGCUGCUGUUUCACAAAGGCAUAUUCUCGCUUUGUUGAGGGCACUGGGUCUAUCUUGUGCCCACUUGGACUGAGGAAAGUUGAAGAAGUCUUCAAGGAUAUGCCAGGAAGCACAGAAAAGAUUACCUCCCUGAAAAGCCUGAAGUUGAGGUAUUUCUCACCCAAAGAGGUCUCAAGACUCAUGUCCUUCCCAGAUGAAUUCUGCAUUCCCCCCAGUGUGACUAGGAAGCAGGCUUACCAGCUUUUAGGGAACAGCAUCAAUGUGUCUGUUGUGAGUCAGCUCAUCAAGCUCCUUUGCAAGAAUGAUCCUGGCUGAGAUGCUUCAUGUUUCCAACCUGAAGUCUAUCUGGCAGAAUGCCCCUAAGGCCACAAUCAGUAUGAAACAAAGAAAAGUUGCAGUCAAGGUGGAUUUGGUCCAUCUUCGGAAUUCUCCAAUGGUUGUCAGCACCAAUUCUGCAAGGCUCAUUUUUUGAUUGCCUGAUCUCUGUAUGCAUGCAAUGAUGGUAUUGUGGUCCAUAAAGAUAUAUAUGAUG